GUCAAGGUCAAACACAUGACAUAAUUUUUUUAUCACUUCGCUAGAUUCGUUGGUGUGUUAAAAAUGUAAAACGUAGAAGCCCUGGUGUUCGUGCGAUAGAAAUCUCCAAAACAGACUAAACAUGACGAAAAAAUUCGAAUUCGAUUGGCACGUGCCCGUGCCGGAGCCCCUUUUGACCGGCUGCGUCUUCGAUAGAUGGACCGAAGAGAAAGACAAUGUAGACAUGGAGCAAAAAGCCCUCUUCAAAGUAGACGAGUAUGGAUUUUUCAUUUAUUGGAAAAGCGAAGGAAGGGACGGCGACGUCCUCGAGCUGUGUCAAGUGAGCGACAUCAGAGCGGGGGGUAUACCGAAGGACUUCAAACUGCAGAAGGACCUGGUGAACCGGCACGGGGCCGAUGUGGAGGAUAAAUCUCUGACGAUAUGCAGCGGUACCGAUUACAUAAACAUCAAUUACCAGCACAUCGUUUGCCCUAACGCCGAAACCGCUAAGGCAUGGCAACAGGGCUUAAGGAAAAUCACUCAUAACAAUAAAAUCGUGAAUGUCUGUCCAAGAACAGCUUUGAUGAAACAUUGGAUGAGACUCGGCUUUUCCGUUGACCAAAAGGGUCAAAUCCCCGUGAAGGUGAUAGCUCGAACGUUCGCCUCCGGUAAAACGGAAAAAUUGGUUUAUCAAAUACUGUCCGAACUCGAUCUACCAUCCGGCAAAAACGACUCCAUCGAACCGGAAGCCUUUACCUUCGAUAAAUUCUACGCUCUGUACCACAAAAUAUGCCCGAGAAACGACAUCGAGGAAUUGUUUCGGAGCAUUGCGACGGGUAACGCGGAUCAUUUAACGUUGGACCAAUUGAUAAAUUUCUUGAAUGACAAACAACGCGAUCCUCGAUUGAACGAAAUUUUGUACCCGCUUUACGAUGAAAAACGAGCGCAGGAAAUUAUCGACACCUACGAACAGGACGAGGCUUGCAGGAAAACAGGAAAACUUACCAAAGACGGAUUAAUUAGAUAUUUAAUGUCCGAUGAAAAUGCACCCGUAUUUCUGGAUCGCCUCGACAUUUACAUGGAGAUGGAUUUGCCUCUAUGCGCUUACUAUAUCAAUUCUAGUCAUAAUACUUAUCUGAUCGGUCGCCAAUUUGGCGGCAAAUCCUCAGUCGAAAUGUACAGACAAGUACUGUUAGCCGGAUGUCGUUGCGUCGAACUCGAUUGCUGGGACGGUAGAGGCGAGGACGAAGAACCGAUAAUUACUCACGGCAGAGCAAUGUGCUCGGACAUAUUAUUCAAAGACGUAAUUUACGCCAUCAGAGACACCGCUUUCGUGACAUCGGAGUAUCCAGUCAUAUUAUCGUUCGAGAAUCAUUGCUGCAAAUCCCAGCAGUACAAAUUGGCGAAAUAUUGCGACGAAAUUUUGGGGGAUUUGUUGUUGAAAGAAUCUUUGGACGACUAUCCGCUGGAGCCGGGCGCGGCUCUUCCUCCGCCCAGCGCCCUCAAGCGUAAGAUAUUGAUAAAGAACAAGCGAUUGAAAUCGGAGGUGGAGAAGCACGAGUUGGAUUUGUUCAAGCAAGGUCAAUUCGUUAUCGAAGAUGAGGAAAGAGAAGACGCGAACGCCAGCGCCGAUAGACCGAUUCCACCGGAUAUGUCCAUCGAGAAUCCUCCGGAAGGUGGUGAAGGCGAGAUAGUGCCGCCUACUACUUACACAGGUUCCACUACGAACGUUCAUCCUUGGUUGAGUUCCAUGGUGAAUUAUGCUCAACCGGUUAAAUUUCAAGGGUUCGAUGUAGCUGAACAGAAAAAUGUGCACCACAACAUGUCCAGCUUUUCCGAACCGGCCGGUUUGAAUUAUUUGAAAACUCAAGCCAUCGAAUUCGUUAAUUACAACAAACGACAAAUGUCGCGCAUUUAUCCUAGCGGAGCUCGAGCGAAUUCAUCUAACUACAUGCCUCAAGUGUUUUGGAACGCCGGUUGUCAAAUGGUAUCGUUGAACUUCCAAACGUCCGAUCUACCGAUGCAAUUGAACCAAGGCAAAUUCGAAUACAACGGCAAUUGCGGCUACCUGUUGAAGCCGGAUUUCAUGCGUCGCCACGACAGAACGUUCGAUCCGUUCGCCGAAUGUCCAGUGGACGGCGUCAUAGCCGCCCAAUGUUCCGUGCAAGUCAUAGCCGGUCAGUUCUUGUCUGACAAAAAGGUGGGUACCUACGUCGAAGUGGACAUGUACGGUUUACCUACGGAUACUAUUAGAAGGGAAUUCCGCACCAGAAUGGUACCGGCCAACGGAUUGAAUCCUGUUUACAACGAAGAACCGUUCCUCUUCAGGAAGGUCGUUCUGCCGGAUUUGGCAGUGUUGAGGUUCGGUGUUUACGAUGAAAACGGCAAGCUGCUGGGUCAGAGGAUUUUACCGUUGGAUGGACUACAGGCCGGCUAUCGCCACAUUUCGUUGAGAACAGAGGCGAAUUUCCCCAUGUCGUUGCCGAUGUUGUUUUGCAACAUCGAAUUGAAAAUAUACGUGCCCGAUGGGUUCGAGGACUUCAUGGCCGCGCUGAGCGAUCCAAGGGGUUUCAGGAGCGCCCAGCAGAAGCAGAACGAGCAAAUGUCUUCGAUGGGCAUCGAAGUGACGGCCGAUAAGCCGGUGGAAAAGAAAGAGAAAAAGGAAGAACCUAAAUUGGUGUUCGAACCGAUUACUAUUGAAACUAUUAAACAAGACAAAGCAUUCCAAAAGACUACCAAAAAGCAACAGAAAGAGUACGACACGCUGAAAAAGAAGCAAACGAAAGAGAAACUCGCCGUGCAGAAAACCCAAUGCGCGGCCAUCGAUAAACUAAUAAAAGGCAAAAACAAAAACGAUUUGGUGAACGAUCCGGCUGUGCGUAAAUUGGUGACGGAGCAAACGUUGGAAUGGAGCGCGCUGAUGGAGCGCCACCGCAAGCAGGAAUGGGAAUUCCUGCGCAAGCAGCUGGACGACCAAAGGGACCUGUUGAGGAAGCACAUGGAGAUACUGCAGGCGAUGCAGAUGAAGCAAUUGGAGGCGAAGCACGAGAGGGAAAUGAAGGAGUUGAGCAGCGCUCAGGCUAAAAUUUCUGUCGAAACGGCCAAGGAGGUGGCUAAUGAUAAGAAUUUGAAGACUAAAAAGGAUAAAGAAAGGCGUUUGAAGGAAAAACAGCAGAAUAAUAACAAGCGGUUCGUGGACGAGCGCAAAGGGGCGACGAUUAAGCACGGACGGGAAACGGAAAAGCUUCAGUUGACUCACAACAAGCAGUUGGAAAUGCUGUCGCAUGAUAUACAGAAGAUGAUCGAUAUGUAUAAAAACGAAGAGGUGGAGUACGAAUUGUCGAGCAAGAGUGAAUUUUUCGCUUAAAAAUUUAUGUGUUUAUCCAAAUAAAUUAUGUAUUACUGUUGUUAUUCGUAUGUUUGGGGCCAAAACUCAUAACUUAGGUUAGACCCUGAAAAGGGGAAAUAGAUUAAUUAUUUUU